CGCUCGCGCUCUCUCGUCACCACUUUGACAGCUUCGCACUAAACCAGACGCCAGGGCGCAGGAGGCGUCGCGCGGGGGCCACUCUCCUCUAGAUUAGAACUCGGCUCCUGCUCCUCGACCGUCCCGUCCCGUCGCGGGGCUGCCGGCUGGAGAAGGCUCCCCGGAGUUGGAAGGGGAGGGCGGGGGGACGACCGGAUCCCGACCCCAACCUGCCAGAUGAGCAGCGCCGCGCCCUGCCCAGAGCUGCCGCCGGCCUUCGCGGGGGGCCCCGUCUGCGCCCGCCCCUGGGCCCACUCGACGUCAGCGGCGGCAAAGGUUGCCCCGGAGACGUGGCUCGACGCCGUCUGGACCGCCGCGGGACUCCUGGACGAGGACGAGGCACCGGGCAGCAGCAGCAGCAGCGCCGCCGCCGCCGAUCAGUUCUGCAAUUUGGGCAUCUCCCUCCAAGGCGACGCAGGGUCUGGAGACCAGCUCUCCACGCAGCUCUACAGGAACAAACAGCUUCAAGACACCCUCUUGCAGAAGGAGGAAGAGCUGGCCAGGUUGCAGGAGGAGAACAACCACCUCAGGCAGUUCCUGAACUCCGCUCUGGUCAAGCAGUUAGAGGAGAAAACCAAGAAGCUGCUGCGGCAGAGCAACCAGAAAUCUCACAGCCCUCUCCAGAGUGGCAAGCGGAGGCUGAGAGCAGAAGGCCUUCCCCUUCCUCGCGAGGCGUCCCACCCACAGAAGGCCAGGCGGAAUCUGCUGGGCUCUUUCUCCGCCUGCGAAGAGCCACGCGACCCCCACGUGGACAGCUGGGUCCUCCGGACGCUGGGCCUCAAAGACCUCGACACGAUUGACGAGUCGCCUGCUUCAGCUAACUACAGUGCCUUGACCCCGGAGCUUCCUCUGCGCUCUUUCAUUGAGGUCCCACCUGAGGCAACAAACUUUGGGUGCAAUGAGAGCCAGCCAGCUGUUUACAGGUGUGCAACUUCGCUGUCCACGGACAGGACGGGCGCCAUGAGAGAAGAGCCUGUGGCUCAUGCACCCGACCUGCCUUGCCAUUUCUCACUGCCUGAGAACAACUAUCCUCCACUGCCUUGUGGGCUGCCCUGCUGCUCGGACGCCUCUCCCACCCCAACGGACGUGGCUUUCACCACCUCCUUGAGUCCCCACUGCAACGUCAAAACGCACACCUUCCGCCAGGGACAGGCUUUCGUGCGCCGGGAUGAGGAUGGAGGGUGGAAGCUGACUUGGGUACCCAAGCAGCCUGAGUGAAGGAGCUACGUAUUCCCUGUCCAUCCCCCAAACCCCAAACCCACCUCAGCACUGCCAGGAAAACAAUGUGUUUACAGAUUAAGAGUGAUAAAAAAUAUUAAAGGCCCUAUUGCAUUUCUGUUGAGAAUGGGAGGGCCUGGGAUUAUCGUUGCUACUGCUAGUCUGAGAUGUAGCUGUGGAAGUCUAGCUCACUGUCCAGAGGCAAAUUGCAGCCACCCAUCUAUGGAUCAAGGCUGAUCGAUGCGGACAGUCAAACCACGAGCAGUGAGCAGGUGGACGGCAGGCAGGUGAUGCUCUGUGCAAGUUUGCAAAGCUACAUGGCUCCUGCCAGAAACCUUUUCAUCUUCCCUCCAACUCCCUCCCAUGUGCCCCCCCCAAGGAGUUUGAGAGCUCCAUUUGCUCGGGGUGUGUGUGUGUGUGUGUGUGUGCAACUUUGUGAUUUCUAUCCAAGGAGAAGGCCUCCUCUUCAGACCCAGAAACCUUGCCAUGUUCUAUAGCUUGCCCGGCGGCUAACAAUGGCAAUCCAUUUUGCACAUGCUCAGAGGCGCUCUCUACCUGCUGCUGGGCCCUAGGCUCAGCCCUAGAGAUCCAUGGGUCAGAUGAGCUUUGGCAGCGGCAGGCAAUGAAGUCCCCAAAGCACUGCCCGCAUGGGUGCCUGCCUGCUUGCCCCGUGCUCAUUCUGGAGCAGGGAGAGGCAAGAUGCGUCCCACCAGCUGCACUUUCCUCCGCUGCCGCCUGAAGAAGAGCCCUGAAGUCUUGCCAGAAAAUGAGCUGCUCCAGUUGAAGGACAACUUGGUUCCUCCAGCAUUGAAGGACUUGGCUUUUCCAUUUCAUGCCACCUACUUCCCCCUCUAUUGGUGCUGCCCUGCCCCAUUACUGCUUUGCCACAAAUGGAUUGCUCUCCUUCCACCCAGAGCCGUGUGUGUUGGGGGUGUCAUGUUUAACAGCCCAUGGAGAAGUUAGUGGAGGCCUGGGUGUCAGUGCAGGAAGAUGUAAGACGAGCCCUAAAACCAAAGCAUGGAGAACAUCAGAAGAAGCUGCUGGAUCAGGCCAGAGGGAGCCCACCUAGUCCAGCACCCUGUUCUCACAGUGGCCAACCAGAUGCCCCAAUGGAAAGGAUGCCCCAAGCAGGAUUCGAACACAAGAGCAACUCUCCCCUCCUACGGUUUCCAGUAACCAGGAUUGAGAAGCAUCGCUGCCUCCAACUGUGGAGGCAAGGAGAUUCCACCCUGCAAAGAACUGAGAGUGCAGUAGUCAGUUCCCUGUGGAGAGACACUGCCAGGUCAGUUGCCGUUGGGUCGCUGAAAUGCAGUUUCUUCUUUUCUGCUGCUAAUUGUUCAGUUUCCAGAAUUCAUUGCAGCUGCGUCGUUGUGACCAGAGCACAUUGCUCCCACAGCCAGAAAUGCCCUACUGUAGCAAAGGAUGGUUUAGCUGGAAGGGAUCUGGGUCUACUCUGAGCCGGUACAAAUGUGUAAUCCAGCCCUGACCACUCACAUCACCUCCGGCUGGAGGCACUGCCAGGGCCACAGAAAUCAGUGCCACGGCUGCAUGAGAAUAAUGGCAGAGGAGCUGACUCCCCAUCAAAGCUGAAACAGAAUUUGGCACAGCUAUUUCUCCCCUCCGGCCCCAGCUCAAAUCAAGAAUUUUGAGUUUUUCCAAAUUUUGAGUGUGAAAUGCAAUUUUAUUUCUUUGCUUCUCUUUUUGUUUUUUAGCCACACUACUGACACAUCGUAAGGCAAUUAUGUUAAACGUUAACUUUCCAGAUUCACCAUUAACUUUGCUUUGUUUCUAACGUCACUAAAUCCAAAAAUGUCAAUCAGUGAGAAUACUUGGGGUGGGGGAGGUCUUAAAUUAGGAUAACAGAAACUCAUCUUUCCCUUCUUCAGGGAAAUUCCAGAAUUCUUCCAGAUAAGUUCCAGUUCUGCUUCACAUUGCUGUUCACAACACAAACAGGUUGUAGAGCAAUUGGUGUGUCCGGAACAUCUUCGUUCACCUUAGUCAUCAUGCCAGACUUGAAAAGGCUCCACACCCCUCGUUCUCCUAAAUUUGUUCUGAAGUGGAACCUAAUUCUCUGUAAGCUGAUCGACCUGUAUUUGGGCUGUACAUUGCAGAAUGUGGAUGGCAACCGUCGUAACUGAACGCUUCCCUGUAUGCAAGUGUUCCUGGCACUUAGACAAUUAGAGCUGUUCUCCUUAACAUGUGUAGGGACUAGAUUCAGGUAGGUAGCCGUGUUGGUCUGACACAGUCGAAAUAUAUAAAAAAUGAAAAAAAUUA